AUGCAGCAGUUGGUGGCUUGGGAAAAACCAUCAAGGGUUUUUGUUAAGGUUAAUUGUGAUGCUUCUUUAGAUAUAAAAAGGAAGAGAAUGAGGAUUGAGAUUAUGAUAAGGGAUGGAGAAGGAGAGGCUUUGGUGGAUGUGUGUGAUCAUAAGACUAAUGUGGGGAAUGCAACAGUUACAGAAAGUUUUGCCUUGAGGAAAGUAGUGGAACUGUACUUAGACCUCAACAUUCAAAAUGCCAUUUUCGAGGGUGAUGCAAAGGGAGUGAUCGAGGCUGUACAUAGUGAAGAUGAAGCCGUAUUUGAUUUUAGUUCUAUUAUUGAAGAUGUUAAGUUUCAUUUCAGAAUUAGGACAGAUUGGUUUUUACAAUUUGCUACUAGAAAAAAGAAUAUGAUAGCUCAUACUUUAGCAAAAAAAGCUUUAGAGAUGGUGGAAGAACAAGUUUGGAUAGAAGAGGUUCUGGGAUGCCUGUUUGGUGAUACAAACUGUAACACGUAA